AUGAAGAGGCCCCUGAUUUUGUGCGUAGCCUUCUCAGCGUGCCUAGCGCUCGCCGCCGCGGGCUGGUCUUCCGGCACCGCCACGUUCUACGGCGGACCCGACGGCUCCGGCACCAUGGGUAAGCAAGCUCUUAAUAAUUAUACAUUGCAUCCAUUUUGCCGCAAGAGCUACGCACAUUUUGCUAACCGCGCGCAUGCACGUACCAAUGCAGGUGGCGCGUGCGGGUACGACAACCUGUACAACGCCGGGUACGGCGUCAACAACGCGGCGCUGAGCUCAACGCUGUUCAACGACGGCGCGUCGUGCGGGCAGUGCUACCUCAUCACCUGCGACACGUCACGUCCGGGCGGUAAGUCCUGCAAGCCCGGCAACUCCAUCACGGUCUCCGCCACCAACCUGUGCCCGGCCAACUACGCGCUGCCCAACGGCGGGUGUGCCGGCGUCAUCCCGGUCCUGUACCAGCAGGUCCAGUGCUCGCGCACCGGCGGCGUGCGCUUCAGCAUCGCCGGCUCCCAAUAUUUUCUGCUCGUCAACAUCCAGAACCUCGCGGGCAGUGGUUCCGUGGGCGCCGCCUGGGUGAAGGGCGACAAGACGGGGUGGAUCCAGAUGUCCAGGAACUGGGGCGCCAACUGGCAGGCGCUCGCUGGGCUCGUCGGCCAGGGGCUCAGCUUCGCCGUUACCAGUACCGGCGGGCAGUACAUUCAGUUCUGGAAUGUGGUGCCUGCUGGGUGGUGGCAGUUCGGACAGACCUACACCACAACACAGAAUUUCUACUACUAA